AUGUUUGACAUGUACAAAAUCAAAUAAUAGAAAAGGUCAGCCCACAGGGGCUGAGUCAACACCUUGCGUUCUACAGUCAAACUUUCAACAAUUCUGACCUCUUCAUCUUGCGCCGCGUACUUCACUUGUAAAAAUACGCAACCAAAUGAACCCCCAACCUCCAUAACCGAAAACACUCCAAUCCUCAAAGCAAUCCUCUCAAAACCAUCACAUUCACACACUCGAAACACCCACCGAGAGUUAACAGCAACACCAGACUCGUCGACUCCAUUAAUGGCCGCUUUACAAGCUUCCUCUCUCUUAGUUUCUUCUUCUUCUUCCUCCUCCUCGGGUUGUUCUUCGAAGAGAACGAUCACCGCUUCGAUCCAAGUACCCAAGCCCUCGAUACUCAGCCUCACUGAUCAUCCAGGCGCCGUGAUCGCGAAGAAGCUGGCCGAGGAAUUGAACAUCAGGAAUGGUUAUGCCUUUGCGGAGCCGCUCCAGAUGGAAGUCGUCCAAAAAGAUAGGGCUUUGGAGCCGCGCCUAUCACCUACUUCUUCUGUCGAAACCACCGCAAAGCUCUACGCCAUCUUGGAGGCUGUUGAAGAUAGAGUGGAGAUGCAUGAUAACAUCGGCGAGCAGCGAGACAACUGGAACAAGCUCCUGUUGAACUCGGUCAACAUGAUGACUCUCACUGCCACCACCACUGCGGCGAUGGCUACGGCUGCGCCGGCUCCAUCGCUGCGAGUAUGCUCCACUCUCUUGUUCACAGCGGCCAUCGGGAUGUCUCUCGCGAUGAGCAAAAUCCAGCCCUCGCAGCUGGCUGAAGAGCAACGUAAUGCCUCCAGGUUGUUCAAGCAGCUCCGGAGCGAGAUCAAGUCGUUGCUUGCGCUUCAAUCUCCGACUGAGUCAGACGUGAAGGAGACGAUGGAGAAGGUGCUAGCCCUUGAUAGGGCUUAUCCGCUGCCUUUGCUAGGAGCCAUGAUCGAGAAGUUCCCCGCGAAGUUUGAGCCUGCCGCUUGGUGGCCUAGGGUUUCCAACAACCGCCGCCAAUCCCGAGGGCGCAAAACCAUUAAGAACAUGGAGCGAAAUGGAUGGAGCGAGGACCUAGAAGUGGAGAUGAAAGCGAUCGUCGAAGUCCUCAAGAGCAAAGACAAGCAAGACUACUUGAGGCUUGGGAAUCUGGCGCUAAAAUUGAAUAAGAUGUUGGCGGUUUCGGGUCCUUUGUUAACCACCAUUGCCGCGGCAGGCUCAGCCUUUGGUGGCUCAACGGCCAUGAUGGUGGCGGCCAUCGCUGGUGCGAUGGCGGCGAUUGUCAACAGCUUCGAGCAUGGUGGUCAAGUCGGUAUGGUCGUGGAGAUGUACAGAAACUGCGCGGGGUUCUUCGAGCUUAUGGAAGAGACAAUCGAAGCGACACUAGAAGAGAGAGACUACAGCAAGAGAGAGAACGGAGAGAUGUUUGAGAUGAAGGUGGCAAUGAAGCUGGGACGGAGCUUGUCGCAGCUCCGAGAUUUAGCAAGAAAAUCCAUGGCUUCUUGUAUGGAAGGGACUGAGGUGGAUGAGUUUGGAAGCAAGCUUUUCUGAACUACUUUGAACAAAGAUACAUAGGGGUUACAUACAACAAAUG